ACACACACCACACUAAUCACCAUCACCAUCGUCUUCUCCACGCCCCGACCCCGAGACACGCUAGCGUGCAGCGCCGAGGCAGCUGGUUCCACUCUCACCGAGCAAGCGAAGAGCUCCUUCCUGAAAGUGAAAUGGCGCGGCCACAGCAGCGGUACCGCGGCGUGCGGCAGCGCCACUGGGGCUCCUGGGUCUCCGAGAUCCGCCACCCCCUCCUCAAGACGAGGAUCUGGCUGGGCACCUUCGAGACGGCGGAGGACGCGGCUCGCGCCUACGACGAGGCGGCGCGCAUCAUGUGCGGUCCGCGCGUGCGCACCAACUUCCCCGAUAACGACGCCGCCCCGUCGUCGUCGUUCCUCUCCCCGGCGCUGGUCGCCAAGCUCCACCGCUUCAACGUGGUGUGCGGCUCGCAGGCUGGGCAGCACCAGGACAAGGACGCCUCGUCGUCCGUGGAGCCGCGCGCGCCGCCGACGCCGUUCGCCGGCUACACGGGCAAUGCCAGCGCGCCGUCGGCGGCGGCCUCGGCGGCCGGGUGGAGCGGGGGGUUCCUGGAGGAGCAGUACGUGGAGCAGAUGAUCGAGGAGCUGCUGGAUUCCAACUUCUCCAUGGAGAUCUCCUACUAGCUCCGCCUCCGCACAUGCUCUGUUCCCGUGCCUUGCGCUUGCUCUGCUUCCGCUCCAUUUCUCUGUCUCUCCGUGUGUGUGUGUGGGUCUGUUUUUAGUUUAGCAUAAGCUGUGUCGGGAAGAACUCGAGGUUAGUAUGGUCAUCACCCGAGGUCUCCAACAGCUUUGUGUAUACAGUAGCUUCGUUAGAGCACAUUUCUUCAUUCUUGUAUUACUAUUGAUGUCUUGAGUCUUGAUGAUGCCCUAAUCAGUGUCCUCUGUUUCGAUCUUCAUCUUAAGCCCU